AUGUCAAAAUUUGGCGACGACGAUGCCAAGGUGACGGGCGCAGCCGAGCCGCUGAGCGACUCGAAAAGCGGCUUCGCCCAGAGCGAGUUGUAUGGACCGUCAAUUGGCGGAAAGACCUUCGACCAGAAGCUUUUGUACAAGUUGGACAUGAAGCUGAUGGUUGCGAUGUUCUUUCUCAACUUCUUGUCGCUCAUGGGAAGAACGAACAUUGGGGCCGCUCUCAUUCGCCAGCUGCCCCAAGAUCUCAAGCUUGACGCGAUGAAGGUUUUCAUCGUGCUGACCAUGCCCGCGGUCCCGUUGAUUUUAUUCGAGGUCCCCAGUAAUCUCCUGAUGCGGUUUCUGGACCGAAGAUUCAACUUCCAUUACAUGUGGUAUAUGUGUCUCUUGGAUGUCUUGCUCGGGGUCAUCACGAUCGGACAAGGCUUUGUUAAAACAUUUGAUCAGAUACUUGCCACACGUUUCCUUGUUGGCGUUUUUGACGCAGGGUUGAUACCCGGUUGCGUCUUCCUCUGUUCACUAUAUUACCCUCCGACUCACCUUCAGUGGAGGCUUGGUCUCAUCACCGUGGCCAAUAUAUGUUCAAACAUCGCUGGCAAUUUCCUGGCGUAUGCCAUCGCAAACAUCAAGAUAACCGACAACUUCAAAGGUUGGAGAUGGAUUUUCAUCAUCGAAGGCAUCAUCACGGUUGUCGCUGCUUGUCUAUGCUCGGUGUCAAAUGUCGGGCCCCCGAAUAAGGCGAAAUUCUUGACGGAAGAGGAGAAAAGAAUCAUAGCGAGUUCCGUGGAAAGUCGCACAACCAGUAUUGGUGCAUUGGCGGAGUGGAAGCUAUUUCUUUCGAACCCACUGAACUACUGCUGGGCAGCUCUUUACUGCUUCACAACUACAACGGCCUAUUCGGUAUCCAUCUUCUCGCCGUCUUUCGUCAAGUCAUUCCGCCCAGAGCUGGAUGCCACGGAGAUACAGGCUCAGAUCGUUCCGAUUUUCGUGGUGGCCGCAUUUGCCUGUUUGUCGACGGCCUAUGCCGCUGACCGUCUCAACCAUCGCUCUGCCUUCGGCCUGGUGGGGUUUGUCUUUACAAUCAUCGGCUACGCCAUCUUGCGCAAAAAUGAGCAUGAGAGUUCGAGUGUCACCAUGAUGGCUCUCUACUUCAUCGCUUUCGGUACCUACAUCACCCUUCCGAUGAUCUGGAUCCUCACCAUGCAAAACCUGCGGACGCCGUUUCAACGAGCAAUUGGAAGUGGUUUCGUGAUCGGGGUUGGAAAUACUUCUAGCUAUAUCUCAGCUUGGAUCUUCAGGACCAGCGAGGGGCCUUUUUAUCAACGUGGGAUGACCAUCAGUAUGAUACUGGUCAUCAUCGCGUUUGUACUUCUCUCGGAUAAGCACAGCUCGAAGUGA